AUGGCUUCUUUUCCAUGGCCGAAUGCCCUUUCCGGUGCCAUAUUCGGAGCUGCUCUGACUGCGGCCGGCAUGUAUUCGCCUUCGACUAUCAUCGGCCAGAUGAACUUGACGAACUUUCAUAUGAUGAAGGGAUUCCUGUCCGCGAGUGCUACUAGUGCAUUGGCAAUAGUCCUCGCAAACAACCUCUCGCUAUCCAAAUGCCAACCGCGAACUCCCGCAACAAUAUCACUUCCCUCAUUCAGCAAUGUCUACAACGGUAACCUCAUCGGAGGUAUCCUCUUAGGACUCGGCAUGACUCUCACCGGCGCAUGUCCUGGAACCGUAUUCCCGCAGGUCGCAACCGGAAUCAGCAGUGCAAAGCAAGUCCUGCUAGGUAGCGCCAUCGGAGGCAUCAUUUACUCCUGGUUAAAACCGCGCCUCCAAGCAAGCACCAUCAAUAAGAAACAGGAAGCUUUCACCAAGCCAACUGUACCGCAGCGUGUCGGCACAGAUGCGUGGAUGGGUCUUGCAACCUACGAAAUUCUCUGUGGUAGUCUCGUCGCGGGAGCAGCCUAUGCAUUUCCUCAACAUGACCCAUCACUCGUCAAUCCUAUUCUCGGCGGUAUUCUCAUCGGCAUAAGCCAAUUUACAUCUCUUCUUCUCACAUCCUCUACGUUAGGAAUUUCCUCCGCAUUCGAACAAUUCGGCGACAACUUCUGGUGGCUAUUCACACCUUCUCAGCCGAGACCCUCCAUCAAAGCCACCAUCUUCGCAUUUGGUGCUUUGGGUGGCUCGUGGAUACUGACCCAAGUUGCGGAGGUACCAGCACCAUAUGACGCGAUGGCUAUCAGCACGACUAGAGCUAUCCUCGGUGGAAUCAGCUUGAUUGUCGGGUCAAGAAUUGCGGGAGGUUGUACGAGCGGACAUGGCAUUAGCGGCAUGAGUAUGCUGAGUGUGGCCAGCUUUGUUACCGUUGGUGGGAUGUUUGCUGGUGGUAUGGGGAGUGCGGCGGUGUUUCGAUUGGUUGGUUGGUAG